ACGGGACUCAGCUGGCUUAUGCACUUGCGCCGGAGACGUCGAGCUAGUCGCAAGUGUUAUUGAGUAUUGUUUGCUGCUGGUGCUCUAAACCCCCUCAAAAUGUCUGACGACGGUAGUCCUAUCUAUUCCCCAUUCUUUGGCGUCAUGGGUGCUGCUUCUGCCAUGGUAUUCAGCGCCCUUGGUGCAGCAUAUGGCACUGCCAAAUCAGGAGUGGGAAUUUCAGCCAUGUCAGUAAUGCGGCCGGAGUUGAUCAUGAAGUGCAUCAUUCCUGUUGUCAUGGCAGGUAUCAUUGCUAUCUAUGGCUUAGUGGUGGCUGUGCUAAUUGCUGGCAAGCUGGAUGAAGUCCCUGAAUACACUCUUUACCAGGGUUUUGUGCAUAUGGGUGCUGGUCUGUCUGUGGGUCUCUCUGGCUUGGCAGCUGGGUUUGCUAUUGGAAUUGUUGGAGAUGCCGGUGUGAGGGGAACUGCUCAACAACCUCGUCUGUAUGUUGGCAUGAUUCUCAUUCUUAUCUUUGCUGAGGUACUUGGUCUUUAUGGUCUGAUUGUUGCCAUUUUCCUGUACACCAAGACCUCCAGCUAAAUGAACAGAGGUGCAGCAGUUGUGGAGCCCUCACCAGCAUCCAGAUAUUAGUCCUCCAGCAUCCCAGUCAUCAGUGGAAGAGUUAUCUAUGCCAGCAUUUAUACUGAGGGGCCCACCUGUAUUCUGUUGGGGAUUUUUAAUCAUUUGGAUUAUAUCUUAAGUAAAUUAAAUUAAUAAUUACACACAUCCUCUGGUACAGAUAUUAUUUUUUGGUUAUAUUCAGUUCUUAGAUUUUUAUUAUAAUUUAUAUAAGAUAAAUAAAGAACACAGUUGGAGGCAUUUUACUAAUGUGGAUGCUUGUAGAUUAAAGGGUGUGUGUAACACCUUUUGUGUACAGCAGUACUGUGACAUAAUCAUUUUUGUAUAAAUGUAAAUCAUGUGUCCUCGUGUCUUCUCUCCUCUUCCUCCAGAUAGCUUCAUGCCAUUAGUGCUCUACAUAUAUCAGUUCCCAUGACAGUUUGUGGGUUGGUAGAUCAGGUACAAGAUGAGGGCUUGGUACAAACAAGUUAGGGUCAUUUUAUAGCCAGAAUGCCGCUAUCAGGCUGGAGUGUGUUGAUCUGAUCAAAUGUUUACCAACCCUAGUUGAUAGCCACAUGUAGACAUGGGGUAAGUACUUGUUGAGGAAAGACCAGUGUGGCCAUCUGCAGGGUGAGGAGUUGCUACUUGAGUUGGAUUUGCCUUGAAAGUAGGCCAGGGUUGUUCUCUCAAUUAGCCUCAACACCCUAGUUAAUGAAUCUAUAAUGUUAAUGGUUUAUGGUUAUAAUAAAAAUUCAAAGUAUAUAUAAUACAACUAUUUAAGAACUGAUAGAAGAAAUAAGUUUUAUUGGGGGGUUGCAAAGGUGAAGUUGCAAAUGGUAAUGUGGUGUGACAGUCACCCCUAGAUAGCCAUCCAGUAUUUAAGUUCUAGUUCCCAACUUGGUGGUUGUGAGUUAAAAGAAACAGACAAGAUGUACUCACUGACAUGCUGAUGGCUGCUUUGCAUGUGACCCAUUACUUGUGAAUAAUACAAGUGUUCAUGGUAGUUGUUCAAAUGACAUCUCUUUUGGGAUGCAUGUAUAGCUCUGUCAGUGUGCUGAUGGUGACAGUCUUGUCAUAAGACUGUUGGCUGGCAGCCAUUUGCAAUUGGAGCACAAGAGUUACCCACUUCCCCAACGUGGGGAUGGGGGCUACAUAGUUUAGCAAUUUGUAUUUAUAGUUGGUUAGUUUUGCCUUAGCCAUGGGUUAAGUUGAAGUACAAGGGAAGUCUAACUUUAAAGUACACUUGAACAACUUCAUUCUUUAUUUUGUAGGAGUAGAACAAUAAAUUUGAUAUUUGGUGAUGCCUCCCAUGGCUAGACACUAACUGAUAAAUUGUUUCAACAUAAAACAUUCCAUAUUAAUAAAUUGUGCUUUCCAUCUCCCAAGAUACUUCUGUGGAUAGCUCUGGUUGUCAUUGUUAAAAGGUGUAUGCAUUGUAUAAAUGGAAUUAAAUAUUAUGUAAUGGUAUAUUGUUAAUAAACAAAGCUUGAGUU